GGGGUGGAGGAGCCCGGGAGGCGGGAGGCGCCGGGGCCGUUUAAGCGGCCUCCCUCCCGCCCCCAGCCGCCCGCUCCGGCCCGGGUUCUGCGCUGCCCCCCAGCCUGGCCCCGCUCCGGCCCUGCGGCUCCCGCGGCGGCCUCGGGAGCAGCCCAAGCCCAUGAGGGCCGCGCGCCCCGCCGCCGGUGCUAAGCAGACGGAGCUCCGGGCCCCCGUGGAGGAGCGGAGGAUCAAUGCGGUUCAGGAACCGAUUCCAGCGUUUCAUGAACCAUCGGGCCCCUGCCAAUGGCCGCUACAAACCAACUUGCUACGAACAUGCUGCUAACUGCUACACACACGCAUUCCUCAUUGUGCCAGCCAUCGUGGGCAGUGCCCUCCUCCAUCGGCUGUCUGAUGACUGCUGGGAAAAGAUAACAGCAUGGAUUUACGGAAUGGGCCUCUGCGCCCUCUUCAUCGUCUCCACGGUAUUUCACAUUGUAUCAUGGAAAAAGAGCCACUUAAGGACAGUGGAGCACUGUUUCCACAUGUGUGAUCGAAUGGUCAUCUAUUUUUUCAUUGCUGCUUCCUACGCUCCAUGGUUAAAUCUCCGUGAACUUGGACCCCUGGCAUCUCAUAUGCGUUGGUUUAUCUGGCUCAUGGCAGCUGGAGGAACCAUUUAUGUAUUUCUCUACCAUGAAAAGUAUAAGGUGGUUGAGCUCUUUUUCUAUCUCACAAUGGGAUUUUCUCCAGCCUUGGUGGUGACGUCAAUGAGUAACACUGAUGGACUUGAGGAGCUCGCCUGCGGGGGCUUGAUUUACUGCUUGGGAGUUGUGUUCUUCAAGAGUGACGGCAUCAUUCCGUUUGCCCACGCCAUCUGGCACCUGUUCGUGGCCACGGCAGCUGCAGUACACUACUACGCCAUUUGGAAAUACCUUUACCGAAGUCCCACGGACUUUAUGCGCCAUUUGUGACCAGUCUGUCCUCGGUCUCCGUACAGUGUUCUCUCGGUUGUAGUAUUUGGGAGUGGGGUGAGAGCUGAAAGUUGCACAGUGAAGAGUGAGCAACUGCACUGACUUAAUUUAUAAUUUUUGAGUAUAAUUACUGUGAAAGUAUAAAAGCUGUGUUCUGGAGCUUUACUCCUCACAACCAACAAAAUUAUUCAUUCCAUUCCACUAUCAUGAAGGGCUCUGGGUAGACUUGGCCAACUGAUGUUUACAAACCAGAAUUUUGUAUUUUUGUUUUACAGAUUUUGCUAGAUGAUUUUUCUAAAUUGCUAGCUCAGUUUGUUGAAAGCGCAAUAAGAAAACUUCCUUUUUAAGAAAAAAACAGUCAUUUCUAUCGCUUUUCCCGUUCACUGUGUAAAGAAUCAUGGACAGAGCCCACACUACCAUAUUUCAUCUUGGCAUAAUAGGAUUAUUUUUUAAGUAGAAACUUUAGUUUUUUUGUAAAUUUUUACAACCUAUUCCAUCGAAGCCCAUCCCUAUGGCUCCACAUCCACCUUGUGAAGUUUUGCAGCAAGCGGUUAACAUUCCACUAACAAACAUACCUCUUCUGAUGGUUUUAUUAAGUGUGGAGAAUUUGCCAAUUUUUAGAAACUGCAGUUUUCAAACUUUUCUGCCAAUCUCUAACUCUGAAUCCAGUGUUGCUUUGGGCCUAACAUACCUGACCUGGUUUGCUUUACCAGUCAUGGGAAAGUAUUUUGAUAUCAU